AUGCCCGCCCCGUCUAAGGAACGCUCCGAAGACGCCAUGGUUGUGGAGCCCGAGCAUGGCGUUCUGGCUGUGCUGGACGGCGUCGGCGGCUGGGCCUCGGUCCCGGGCGCUAACCCGGCAGAGUUUGCUGCCCGCCUCGCCGACGCGCUCCGCGCUGCAGCUGCGGCGGGCGCUGCUGCUGAUGCUGAUGCUGAUGCUGAUGCUGCUGCUGCUGAUGCCCACCGGGUCGUCGACCUUGCCGACGCCGCCGUUGCCUCGCUCGACAAGUCGACCAUCAUGCUCGGCUCGUCGACGAUGAACGUGGCACGCAUCGGCCGUGGCGCCUCUCCCGAGCUGCACAUCUACAACCUGGGCGACUCGCAGGCUCGGGUCCUCGCCCGCACCGGCGAUGACGGCUACGCCAUUGUGGCGAGCACUGAAAACGGACCGUCGUCGCAGAUUGUGUUCAACAUGCCGUACCAGGUCGGCCGUAACGGCAACGCCGUCGACGACGGCUCGCUCUUCUCUGUCCCGGUCGCCCGCGGCGACGUUGUCCUUCUCACCUCGGACGGCAUCCACGACAAUCUGUUCAACAACCAGAUUGUGGCCGUCGUUGACUCGCUCCUCGGCGCCGCUUCGGGCCCGCUGCAAGACCUCCCACACGACGAGCUGUCAACUCUGCUCGACGCCGCCGCCGCCCGCCUCAUCAUUGACGCCCGCUUCCACGCCGAGCGCGACGCGCCGACCCCGUUCUCGCCGCACGGCGGCAAGCCCGACGACUCGACUGCUGUUGUCGCCGUCGUCGUUUGAGCCACGGUGCAGGUUGCUUCUUGUGUCCACGCUGGUUUACGCUGUCUCCUCUGCAUCAGACUCGCUCCCUGCACGAUCGUUGCCGCCGUGCGUCGGCAUGUCAUAGCCAAAGAGCCCAUUGAGCAGGGCCAUGCCACCUGCUGCUUCGUCGUCAUCCAGUACUUUGGGCGCCAUAAAGUUGGUCAGCUUU